AUGCAGCGGAACGAACCACACCGGCAGGAGCAGUCGCCAUUUGCGUCGCUCCCCGCCGAGGUCAUGACCAUCAUCGCACGCUGGGUGCUCACCGAUGACAUUCUUGCCAUGCGCGAGACUUGCAAGAGCGUCGAGAUCAAGCUCGCCUCGUCAUUCUCAUACGAGUUCUUCCGCAAGCGCCAGUUCUUCAUCUCGACGCCGUCGCUCGAGGCCCUCGUCGGCAUCUCCAAGCACCCGCGGCUACACUCCGUCCUGACGCACGUCAUCAUCGCCACAGACCGCUUCGAGCAGCUGUCCCUCCAUCGGGUCGAUCCGGUGCAGUACGACAAUGCCAAGAAGUACGUCGCGGCUGCCGACGACCAAGACUACCUCUACAAGUCGGGCAAAUACCGCGACUACCUCUUCGAGGCGUUUUCCAACCUCACCAACCUCGACGCUGUCGAACUGCGCGACUUCAACUCGCGCACUCGCUACCGUGACGGUGCGCUCGCCUUCUGGUGCAGCUACGGCAGCCCGACCUUCCAGCGCCUAAAGAACAAGAUCUUCCCUCCGCCGGCGCCCCACCCAGCAGCCAAUGAUAAGAACGGCUUUUCGCUGUCCAUGCUCCCGGACGGCAACAACUACUUCAGCCCGCACAAGAUCUUUGCCGGCGCGCUCGUCCAAAACAUCCUCAUUGCCCUCGCUGAAUCCGGCUCAAGGCCGACCACGUUCGAGAUCAACCUCAGGGACAUCCACUGGAGCAUUCAAGACUCGACGUUUUUCAUCCCCCGCAACGUUCGCCCCAAGCUCCUUCCCGUUCUAGACAAUCUCCGCUCGCUCCUCCUAGCGGUGACUCUGGUCGACACGGACCUCCAGCCUGUCGGCUUCCGCGCUCCCCACCUUAAAGAGUUCAUCAAACUCUGCCCCAACAUCGACCACCUCCGCCUCAACUUUGGCUUCAGCCCCGGUAGUGCAGACGUGCUCGUUUGGCUUGCUGACAAUGAUGGCGCAUCCGCGUUGGUGACAGCGUCGCCGUCACCAACGGUGUCGCCUGCCGGCAGCCCCAACACCAAUACCAACGGCGCGGACGCUGUGGAUGGUGACCCGAUGACUGCCCUCACGCUUCCAUCUCCGUCGCCGCCUGCCCUAGCAAACCUCCGUAGCCUCGACCUUGGCUUUGUCGACACUGACAUCCCCACCUUCGAGGCCAUCCUGAUGCGCUUCCCCGAUCUGGAAAACCUCGGUCUCUUCCGCGUGUGCCUCCACGACGAAGCGGACACGACGGUUGUGAUCAAGGACGGCCUCAGGCAGGGUACAAACAUAUGGGUCAACCUGUUUGAGGAUCUCGCCGACAAGCCUACCAACAUUACGCGUCUCAGUGUCGGCAUGGUGACGCAGACAACGGCUGGUGUCCCCGGCCGAAACUGGGUCGGCCACUCUCGCUACUCUGAUCCCAACGACCUCCUCUCGUCCAAGGUUUACUUCACAAACAAGUUCCGCAAAACAUCGAACGUCUGGGCUACUGCCGCCCAAUGCAUGAAGGUAAAGUGGCCACAGUAUGUUAUACCAACCUCCUCCCAUGGAUCGGACACUGAUGGCGACGACGACGAGGACGACGAGGACGACGAGGAUGAAGCAGAAGACGAGAACGCUGGAGACGAUGACGACAAUGAGGAUGACAACAACGGCGACAAUGACCCGCCCAACGACGACGAAUAG